UCUUGUCACUUCGAGAUCAUGGCGUAGCGAUGUGGAUGGACGGGGGCAGUACUGGUGGGCACGGAGAAGUUCAGAAACCAACAACUGAUGAGCUUUUGUAAAUAAUAGCGUAUACAAACGAACGGAAAUCCCGGCAUCUCUUCGAGCAGAGUUUCGGUUUAUCAGUGACUAAAGAUGAUGUCUGAUGCCAGCGACAUGUUGGCAGCUGCCCUGGAGCAGAUGGACGGCAUUAUAGCAGGCUCCAAGUCUCUGGACUACUCCAAUGGGCUGUUUGACUGCCAGUCGCCCACCUCUCCUUUCAUGGGCAGCCUUCGGGCGCUUCACCUUUUGGAAGACCUGAGGAGCGUCCUGGAGUUGAUGGACACAGAGGAAAGGGAGAGUCUCCGCUGCCAGAUCCCUGACUCCACAGCCGACAGUCUGGUCGAGUGGCUCCAUGGUCAACUGUCCAAUGGGCACAUCUCUCUGGCUGUGGGUGACCACUACCAGGAAAGGCUUUCACGACUAGAGAGUGAUAAGGAGUCUCUGGUCCUUCAGGUGAGUGUGCUGACAGACCAGGUGGAGGCUCAGGGAGAGAAGAUUCGAGACCUAGACUUGUGUUUGGACGAGCACAGGGAGAAACUCAACACCACUGAGGAGAUGCUGCAACAGGAGCUUCUGUGCAGAAAUGCACUGGAGACCCAGAAGCUUGAACUGAUGUCUGAAGUGUCCAACCUAAAGCUGAAGUUGAAUUCCUUGGACAAUGAGAGAUUUGACUUUGACAGAUUUAGGGACAGUGAGGUAUGUGAGCUAAUUCUCAGGACAGGAAUUCUUUGUUUCUGCCUGUGCCCACACACACACACACACACACACACACACACACACACACACACACACUAAACAAACGCUCAUUCAUGUUGUCCGACACCUGUGUGAGAGAGGGAUUUCUUAUUUUAUUGUCAGUCUCAAAAGCAGCUGUGUUUUGAGUAAGAAAAAAAAAA